AUGUCGGGCUUCUCCUUCUCUACCAGUUUAUCAACCUCCUCAUCAUCUUCAUCCCCAUCACCGUUUUCAUUUGCAUCGUCUUCAUCUCCAUCUCCGUUCUCAUUCUCAAACCCUGCCUCAUCCCCUUCGCUAUUUGGUUCAUCUACAUCCUCUAAUCCGACAUUCGGAGCGCCUUCAUCGUCAACUCCUUCGUUUGGGUUUUCGUUUGCAUCUUCGUCAUCUUCUACGCCGUCUUCCGCUGCACCCUCCGCCUCCGCCCCAUCACCAACUUUUGGUUUCGGGGCUUCCUCUGCUGCUGCUACCGGCUCUACACUGUUCGGUACAUCGUCUCCUGCCGGGGCAUCACCGUUUGGUGGAUCUGGUUUGUUUGGAUUAAGCUCUAGUUCUAGUGGCACUACCACCACCGCUACAAGUUUGUUCGGUUCUACUUCUACUUUUGGAUCCGGUAGCAUAUUUGGGGCUUCUUCAGCUUCAGCUUCGAGCACAACUACACCUACUGCGGUUAGUUCGCCUUUUUCUACAGGCUUAUUUGGAUCAUCAUCUACCUCUGGAACAUCAACUCCAACGUUUUCUUCAGCGUCAUCUGGGGCUGCAUCAUCAUCAUCAGCCCCAUCUUUACCUAAUUUAUUUGGCUCAGCUUCUUCAUCAGCAGCCCCUUCUUUUUCUAAUUUUGGUGCAUCACCAUCUAGCAGCUCAAUGUCAAGUUCAAUUACAACACCACCGGCUUCAUCUGCAGCACCAGGGUUUUCGUUCCUCAACGCUUCGAGCUCCAGCUCAGUCACUUCUUCCGCUGCUUCUGCUCCAGGUUUCUCAUUCCCAAGUGCAACCACCUCUGCACCCUCGUUUUCGUUUGCCUCCAGUUCAGCCGCGCCAUCUAAUACCACUUCUUCUGCUGGUUCAUCGUCAAGCCCCACCUCUAGCUUCUCUUUUGCGAAUGUAACAGCCUCUUCUGCGGCUCAAUCAUCUUCGGGGCUGGCUUUAAAUACAAAAACUGCUUCUACGACAGUAGCUACAACGACUACUUCUAGUGCUUCCACAUCUGCCAGUAGCGCUCUGUCGUUCCCUUCAUUUGUUACAUCUUCAUCUAGUGCUACACCAGCUACUGGAUCUGUUCCCAGUUUCGCAAGCCCUGCCAUUGGUGCUUCUUCUUCCGGAACUUCAAGCUCUUUUUUGGGAUUUCAAACUUCCUCCAAGACUACAGCUGCUACUACCCCAUCUUCCCAACCGCAAUCUACAGCUGCUUCAUCUUUGUUUAGUAUUCCUGCAGCCACAACAACCACUUCAACCAUUACAACCACUACUGCUCAAACAUCAUCCUCACUUGUUGUAGCUUCCAGUAGCGGGACAAGUUCGAGUGUGAGCACAGCUGUUGUCCCUGCACCAAAGUUACCAUCUGAAAUUACUGGAAAGACUGUUGAGGAGAUCAUCAAGGAGUGGAAUGUGGAGCUCCAGGAAAGAACCGGAAAGUUCCGGAAGCAAGCUAAUGCAAUUGCUGACUGGGACAGGAGAAUCUUGCACAACCGGGAUGUUCUUCUUAAACUUGAGGCAGAAGUCGCUAAAGUUGUUGAGACCCAAUCAAACCUUGAGCGCCAGCUGGAACUUAUCGAGACUCAUCAGCAAGAGGUUGACAAGUCAUUACAAAGUGUGGAAGAAGAAGCUGAGCGAAUAUACAAAGAUGAACACGGCCUACUUCUUGAUGAUGAAGCAGCUUCAACCAGAGAUGCAAUGUAUGAGCAGGCUGAAUUCAUAGAGAGAGAAAUGGAACAGAUGACUGAACAAAUAAAGUCGGUUAUUCAGACUCUUAAUGCCAAUCAGGCGGGAGAAGUUGAAGCAAGUGAUGGUAUGGGUAUGGCCCCGCUGGAUGUGGUGGUUCGGAUCCUUAACAAUCAACUAAGUUCAUUAAUGUGGAUCGACGAAAAGGCUGAAGAAUUCUCUUCGCGUAUUCAAAAGCUGGCCAAGCAAGGAUCUGCUGCUGACCGGGAACUCAUGGCCCCAAAAUUUUGGCUGUCUCGCUGAAUCUCUUACUGUUCUUGUUCUUUCUCUCUGCUCCUUGCUUAACAGUAAAAAAAAUUUAUUACUCCUAUUAAGAAAUUUGGAUGUGUGAAAACAAUAACCCGAUUAUUGUGAACAUGCUAUUGCUAAUAUUACUUUUUACAUCAUCAACUUCACUAGUUUUUAUAUUCAUUCAUU